AUGCCUUGGCCACAUGAUGCUCAUGUGCCUGUCUUUUCUUCACGAUACAGAUGCAUGUCUUACAUGCAUAAAAACAAGGUCACAGGGAAAGACAAUCAUUUCCAAUCAAAGAAAAUGGAAGGUCAUGCUGGUGGCACCUUGGCAUUGGCUAUGACAAAUGAGCCAUGGAAUUUACUUCACCUUUCAAUUAAAGGAAGAGUGGAGAAGUGGGCGAAAGAUUUGGUGCUCAAGAAUAAGCAUAAUCUUAAGCAACUAAUUGUGCUUAUGUGGGAUCAGAAGCAGAAAAAUUCCCUUCAGUCCUCCUCUUCAGAGUACUUACUGCAUAAGUUGAGUGAGGUUAAGUGUGCUUCUGAACUGUUGUUGGACUGGGCCAUAAUAGCUAUGGUUACUACUCUACAUCAUCGUGCACACCGGUUACUCCUGGAUACAGAAUCAAGCACACCACCGGCAGCAAAUGGAAGCAGGACGCGCAACACUUACACCAGUGAGGCAAAUUUUGAUACCAACAUGGUGAUCAUCUUGGCGGCUUUGCUUUGUGCAUUAAUUUGUGCACUUGGACUAAAUUCUAUAGUCCGAUGCGCCUUGCGUUGUAGCCGGAGGUUUGCUUUUGAGACUCCCGAUCAGACUGCCGCGCGUCUUGCAGCAACAGGCCUCAAAAAGAGCGCAUUGCGACAAAUCCCGGUGAUCAUAUACGGGGCGGCAGGGAUACAUAUUAUUGCAACAGACUGUGCAAUUUGCCUUGGUGAGUUCAUGGAUGGUGAGAAAGUACGAGUUUUGCCGAAGUGUAACCAUGGUUUUCAUGUUAGGUGUAUAGACACUUGGUUGGCAUCACACUCCUCCUGUCCAACUUGCCGGCAGUCGCUACUAGAGCAACCACCAAGUUGUGACGCCGCAGAAACUGAGGUUGGGAUUAGACAUUCUGGAAAUGAUGUGCCUGUUGCUGGAGAUCACGAAGCAGGUUGA